AUGGACAAAAUUCCCAAGCUCCGCCGCAAGCCCAAACCGCCGACAAUCGAAACCCAGGUCGAUCGAACUAGUACGGACACGAACGAGAGUUUCAACAGCACAAGCACCGCUCCUGUCUCUGCUACGGAAGGGAAGCCGAGAAAACAGCCUUUUCCUAAAUCACCUUUCCGCAGCUUCAGGCUGCGCACGUCGGGGAAACGAGCCCGUGAAAGCUCCCCAGCCAACUCAUCUGCCAGUUCCAGCGUACCUCCGCCCGCGGACCGUAUACCCCUUGAAGGCGUCAAGGUGCCGCGAAAUGCCUUCACCACCCUGGAUGUGCCUACAGAGCGAGCUGGGAAGAUGAGCGAAGACUCCCGCAGUUCCGAUCCCGGUCCCGAGAGGCCCUCCUUUUUGGAUUUGUCAAGACAAGACAUUGACAGCAAACUAAAUGAACUGAACUGGGAUGAGCGGAUCAGAGCCAUGGCAGGCCAGCGCUCUGAUAACUCAGAAUGGAAAUGGGGAGUUUUCAAGCAAACUGAUGUGGAAGAGAAGGGUCUUAUGGACCGCUACAUCAACAUCAAACCUUGGAAUCACAAUCGCAUCAAGCUCAAGGUUCCGGAGGGCCAGCUAGACUAUGUGAAUGCCUCUAGCAUUACUCUGUCUUCCCCGUCAGACUCGUCACGGCCCACACUACGCUAUAUUGCCAUGCAGGGACCAACCGAACCAUCAAUCCCUUAUGUUUGGCGCAUGAUAGUGGAGCAAGUCGAGAGCCCAAUUGUCAUUGUCCAGCUUACUACCAUGGCUGAGGGUGGAAUUCUCAAAUGUAACCAGUACUUUCCUGACACCAAUGACGAGGACACUACAUGGGCCCUCAACGAAGAAAAUGUUUGGGACGAUGGCUGGGCUGCCAAGUUAACCCUGGAAUCGACCGAGGAGCUUGCCCAGGGCUCCAUUGAGAAACGCAAGUUCCUCCUUCAAGUUGAGGGCGAAGAGAACCCACGCGUUGUUUGGCAUUUUCUCUACCUACGCUGGCCUGACUUUGGAGUUCCUGCAAUAGGCGAUAUCGACAGCUUCUUCGAGCUGAUGAAGCUUUCGCGGGAGCACAGCUCACCCAACGGGCCACGAGUCAUCCACUGCAGUGCCGGUGUUGGUCGGACGGGUACAUUCAUUGCAUUAGAACAUCUAAUACGCGAACUCGAUGUUGGCGCUCUAGUGAGCUCCUCACCACCAAAACUUCAGGAGGCUCCAGGUCCGCGACAUCAGCAGCAACAGCAGCAAAAGGGCGACCCCAUCUUUCAAACAGUUGACAGUUUGCGCCAACAACGCCGAGGGAUGGUUCAGGGCGAACUUCAGUACCGCUUUCUCUACGAAGUCAUGCGCAAAUUAUGGCAGGAUCGAUACGGCGCUUUCCCGGACGCAGAUGAGGACGAGGACAUGACUGAUGGUGGCGUUAAGAUCAAGUCGAAAACGCCUGGGUCUCAAGAUCCUUUCUUUGAUCCCGAUAAAAACGAUGAAGAGGGCGAUGAUGACGAUAACGACGAUGGUGGCGGUGCCGUCGUCAAACCGAGUGCCAAAACCUUUAGGAGCUAG